GCUAAAUGAUGGGUUUAGAAUUGACAAGUAAGACCCCCAGAGGAGCACUUGUGGUUGGACUAACGCAGUUAGACGUCACAUCCAAUCACGCGCGCCCCCGUGCGGACAGGGCCGAACUGCAGUUCUUCUCAGGUCAGAAAUCUCCCAGAGUGCACCGCGACAAGAUGGCUGCCGAAGGACUGUACCAUGUUCUUGAGUAGGUGAGGACAGCAUCUUCAAUCUUGAAUCUGGCUGGGACCAGUGGAUGUCCAAGUCUUCCAUCACCCUCUCCCCCGCAGCCCCUGCAAUGGACUAGUCCACCUGUAGACUGCUGGCUAUUUUUUUGAAUGAACCAUUAGAUGAGAGGGGUGGCAUUUGCUGCUCAUGUCUUCCAUUCCAUCACCCCUGGCACAUACCACUUUCUGAAAGGGGUGUUUAGAAACACUUUUUUCUCACCUACAUAAAGCAAAUUGUGAAAGGUCCAACAUUGAAAACUAUUUGAUUAUGCAUACUGUAUCUAUGCAAUACAUUAAUGUUAUUUACUUUAAUUGAAAGUAAGCAUUGAAAAAGAGUUUUUGCUGAAUUUUCUCAACUUCUGUGAAGUUUUUGGCUACCUUUUUUAUUUGAGUUCAGUGCAUGUAUAUAUGCAAAGUUUACCAAGACUAGUUUCUGUAAAAUUAUGAUACUGUAAAAAAGAUAUCUUUUCUCAAUCUGGCUACACAAAUAUUGAGCAGGGUUUUUAAUUGUGUACUUUUGUUUCGACGGCUGCAUUUCAGUCAAAUGAAACUGUUCUCUUUUUGUUGCAAGAUCCAAAAUGUACCAAAAAGCUAGAAAAUUCGGACAAUUCUUUUGUGGCUUGUGCGGUGACGGUUUGGAGUAAAAAAAAAACAUGGGAGGGAUUUCCUCGCGGUUCCGAAAAGCGAUACAAACCGGCGACCAGACGCUGGCACUGCAGAUCUAUAACAGCAGCCGUGAUCUGCGGGAAAAUCUGGACCCGAAUCUGUCGUACGGGGAAAACCAUGGCAACAACACAGCCAUGCACUACGUCUCGCUCUACGGACAGAAGGUUCUCAUAAGAGUGUUCCUAGACUUUCACAACGGGAACCCAAACAAGAGGAACGCCAACUCUCUAACUUCUCUCCACGAGGCCUGCAUAUGUGCCAAUAGUAAUGACCCUGAUGUACAGGUUGACCGUGCGGAGUGCGUACAGAUGCUGCUUGCCUGGCAGGGCCCUCCCCUUGGCAACGGUCGCUAUGAGCGAGUGGACGUAGCUGCCACCGACGCUUACGGCAACUCCGCCUUGCACUACGCCGCCUUGUCUGGACUCAAGAAAUGUGUGGAGCUGAUAGUAGCCCAUGGUGCACCACUGUUCCAAGAGAAUAAGGAUGGCCACACCCCCUGUGACUGUGCCGCCAUACACCGCCAUGCAGACAUCGCUGCUCUGCUCGAGUCCAAGAUGGUUUUUGCUGCUGCAGAAAAUGAAGACCCAGAAGUGUCAGAUGGAAUCUACACCAUCAAACGGGACGAGUCGUACAGUGGUUUACGCAGCCAGGAGCUUCAGGAAGCGAAGGAUUCCCUGCUGAUUGAGACAGCUGACAUGCUGCAUGUACCGCUCUUCACUGCAGAGGCACUGCUCAGAAACAAUGAGUGGUCCAAAGAGAUGCUGCUAGAGGGAUGGAUGCGGGACCCUGUGGCCUGCUGUGAGAAGGCAGGGGUCAAACCUCCGGACAGCGUCCUGGCAGAGCUGGGCAAGAAAGAGGAGGGUACGGCAGAGGACACAGAACAGAGGGACAGGGCUGACUCUGAAACACUGUGCGACAUCUGUGCUGGCCCUGUAUCAGCUGAUGAUGAACCGGUGGAUAUCCCCUGUGCUCAUCAGUUCUGUCAGGAAUGCUGGGAAAGGUACCUCAGUUUGAAGAUCAAAGAUGGCAGCACGGGGGACAUACAGUGCCCCGGGUACGAGUGCAGCCAGCUGGUUCCUGUGGAAACCAUAGAGAAGCUUGUUCCCAGGGAGAUGGCCAUGAGGUACCAGCAGUUCGAUAUCAAAGCUUUUGUGGAGACGAACCCCCACAUCAAGUGGUGCCCGUUCCCCGGGUGUGGCAGAGCUGUCAGGCUCCCGUCAGAGUCAGGAACCGCUCCCAUUGGUGCAGAGGCACAGACUUCUCAUGCAGUGGAUUGUGGGAAUGGUCACUUCUUCUGCUGGGAGUGUUUAGGUGAGGUCCAUGAGCCCAGCAGCUGUGACCAGUGGAAACAGUGGCAGCAGAAAAUCACGGAGAUCGACCCAAGUACGUUUUCACAUGGUUCACAUGUCCCAGAGAAGAAGACGGAGGUUGACACGGAGGCAGAGACCACAGCCAACUGCCUGUGGUUGGUAACCAACACCAAACCCUGCCCCAAGUGUAAGGUCUACAUACAGAAAAACGAGGGAUGCAACCACAUGAAGUGCACCAAGUGUAAGUAUGACUUCUGCUGGGUGUGUCUGGAAGACUGGGAGAAGCACAGUUCCUCGACAGGUGGUUACUUCAGGUGUAACAGGUACGAGGUGGUGCAGAAGGUAGAGGAGGAGACCAAGCUACUCACAGAGGAGGCCCGAGAAAAGAAUGAGAAGGCACAAGAGCUCAGCCGCCUGAUGCACUACUACACCAGGUUCAAAAACCACGACAACAGCUUUAGAAUAGAGGAGGCCUACCUGCGGACUGCCAUGAGAAAGAUGAACGACCUUGCCCUGGCAGCCGCAAGUACAGGUAAAUUUGGAAGCCAGAGAGUGAGCACUAAGUUUGUGGAGGAAGCCAUCCGUGAACUGCUGUCUGCCCGUCGUGUGCUGAAGUUCUCCUACUGCUACGGUUACUACGUAGGAGACGCCAGGAAAAGGAGAAUCUUCGAAGACAUCCAGACGGAACUCGAGGAGGCCACAGAGACCCUGUCCCAGAUGAUCGCCAGACCGUACCUCCGCACGCCGAGGUCAAAGAUCAUCCAGGGCGCCCAGCUGACCCAGAGGAAACGACACGACUUCUUGGCUGCUGUAGAGAAGGGCCUCCUGCCCCCGGAAACUCCACCUUCUGAGAGGAGGAGAAUCUUGAUGGACUUGUUCAGGCCAAGGUUCUUCGAGGAAGAAGAUGAGGAAUCCCUGCAAGAUGAGGAUGCUGCUCUAGCCCAAGCCAUCCUGGCGUCCCUGCGGGAUGUGUUCCCCCCGGAGCCCCCCACCCCGCCCCCGGGGGACAGCAGUACCCAGAGCUCCGACGAGCCCAGCCCCAACCCUGCCACCAGGCUGGCCAGUACAGGGGCAAGCCCUUCCCGAGUUCCUCCCGUGGACCCUACGCUGUGCCUGCGAAUCGGCUGUGGCCGGCCCCGCGCGGUGCAUCGCCAGUCUGGCAGGCCUCACGACUUCUGCAGCCUGAGGUGCCUGCAGAUGGCCAGGAGAAGGGGCAGGAGGGGGAGGAACAGUCUGGACCUCCCCUGGCAUCUGCUUGAGCUGGAGCCGCCCCCCACCCCACCCCGACGGACGGACUCCCUGCCCCCUCUGCCCCCCACCCCCCCUCAGCUUCGACAGCUGUGCCAAAGGACAGAGGAGUCUGAGGACAGUGACUACGAACACCUGACAGUGGGGAGGGGUGACGCAGCAAACCAAGCCAACCCAUUGACAAGUACGCCCCAAAGGGAUGUCCCCCCGGGUGAACAGGCACUGUUUCAGAUCCCUACAGAGGACGGCACGCUGGGGCCUGAGCCGGCAGAUCAGGCACUGUUUCAGAUCCCUACAGAGGACAGCGCACAGGGAGCGGAGCCUGCAGUCACGGACCCUGAUCUCCACAGGGUGUUGGAGCUGUCCAGACUGUCUGCGCAGUUAGCUCCCACUGAGUCUGCUGCAGGAGACCAGGGAGAGGACGAACUGAUCCGUGCCAUAGAGCUCUCGCUCCAGCUUUCCACAGCAAACUCUUCCACAGCUCGGCCCUUACAACCGCAGGCUCCCUUACCGGUCCAGUCCGAACCCAUCCCUGCCACAAAUACAAACAUGUCCAACCACAGCAACAACAACAACGUCUCUCCCUCUGUGGGCUCCGUCCUCGCUGCUCCCCCUCUUCAGAAAACUGUGCCGUCUGCAGAGAAACAUGCGCCCAACAUUCCAGAAGAAGAAGAAGUAGUAGUAAAGGAAGUGCAGAGUGAGCCUUCACGAGUGGAGGACAUACCAGCAGCAGGCUGGGUGAGUGUCCCGCUGUCAGGGGACACCCUCGGAGCUACGGCCUCACCAGGAGCGGAGAAAAAGUCUCGCAAAGGCUCUGAUUCUCCCAGGAGAAAAGGUAGGAGAGGGGAGCCUAAGGUAGAGCCUGUCAACCCUGCAGAAGCCGUGCCGCAAAAGCAGCCGUCUGCGUCUCCAAGUGGGGCGAAAGUGAAUGAGGAGGCAGAAUGGCUGGAGGUUGGAGAGAGGACUGAGUUUCUUGAGGCCACUUUGCGCGCGUGGCUCACGGACGAGGGCUGGAUAGGUAGAAACACUCCCAGCAAUGCUCCUGCAGGUCAGAACGCAACAACGCCUAAGGAGGUCUCAGCAAAGGUAGACGGCAUGUCACCAAAAGUAGACGCAAGUGUCGGAAACGCAGAGGAAGGGCUCAAAUUUCUGUGCUCUGUGCCUGACAGCGGAAAUGCAAACACGGCCACCGGUGCGGGGGAGGAGCUAAGCGACUUCCCCACCCCCCCUUCAGAAGUGAAGUCCCUUAUUUGGGAGCCUCCGAGUGACGAGCCGGAAACAGAGCCUGGUAGUCUCCUGUCCAUGGACUCGCACACUUUGUACAACCUUUCCGACAUCGAUUCCAUUGUCAUUAACACUGUGCAAAGGGCUCAGGCAGUUUCAGGGGACCCCACAGUUUCAGGGGACCCCGCAGUUUCAGGGGACCCCGCAGGAGGAGAAACGACAGAGCUCAUUGGUGCAGUAGGGUUAGGAGAAAGUAGCUCUACAUCCGUACAAAACAGCAACACCUCUGGCACAAAGGAAGCCGCAAAGGAACUCCAGCUCAAGUUUGAAGACGACCCAAGUACGCCGAAAGACUAUCUCGAAACCAACCUCGACUCACCAUUUGAGUUGACUGACGACCUCCAGGCAUUGUGCGCGAAACUGCCUUUAAGUAGGGAAUUUCCGAGGAUACCCACAGCGGACGAGAUUUGGAUUCCUCAAGAGCGCGUCCCCGAACAUUUCGCGUUCGACGCGCCAUUACCCCCGCAAACAGUGCCAUCACCAAAUGCUAAGAGUACUGGGGGGAUCAAUGUUAACGUAGACUCUGAGGGGAGCCAAGGACUACUAGUAGUAGGUGACAAUAAGGAUACAGUUGUGCCCAAUAUGUUUGCACACGUGCCAGUGCAGGGCCCCACUACUUCCCUUUCCGCAGCUAUCACAGAUGCACACCAGGCGCUGUUCGGCAACACCAUGGCUUUUCCUGGGGGUCAGGAAAGCGCCCCAAACCAUCCAAUCCUUCCAGCCUUGCGUCUUUCUGUUGGGCCACCCUCCCAACAUCCACACAUUACAAACACAAGGCACCCUGCGACCGGCCGCCACCAGUUGGAGGGCAAGUCCGCAACGUUUGGUCAGAAGGUGCCCGAGCCGCCGCCCCGCCUUACCAGGGAAAGAAGGCUGGCGCUAGAGGCUGCCAGCAAGGCGCAGAGUAUUUGGGAGAGAAGAGAAAAGGACGCGUCGGCAUUGUCCGACACAGGCGACCAAAGGAGAGGCCAUAGACGAAAAUCGAAGAAUAGAAAGAGAAGCAAAGAGGAGGGGAGAGGGAAUGAAGGAAGGAGAAGGGCAUCAGUGGAGGGGGCAAGGGGGGUUGGGGAGGGGUGGUACGAUCCCUUAGAUGACGACGAUAUACCUGCCACUUUGGUGUAGGUUGUAGGGUUUCCUGUGGUUUCAGACUUUGUGUACCUCGUGUGUCAAAGACAUUAGAACAUACUAACAUCACACGUAAUAAUACACGUGUUGUUGCCAUAAUAGUUAAAAUAAUACAUUGUAUACCCAGUAGUACUCCAGAUAAAGAUUGAAUCAUCCCAAACUGCUGUUGAUAGCUGUGUUAGAAAUACUAUAAAGUCACUCCAAACCACUACCUUUGACAAAUACCUGCACUAAAAUGUCUGAGACAUGUACUAAUGCCAAACUUGUUACCAGGUGUAGCAGGUCAUAGUAUACUCCCGGCAAGAAUGUACCCGGGUACAUUUUGACCAGGUGCAUAUUCUUGACUGCUACGCUGGGAUGUAAAAUGUAGGAUACAGAACAUCAUUCUUGUACACUUUUGACCGACUGACGUGGCAUUCUCUCUCCAUAAAAAAGGUACUUCUCUGGUGCCUUGUGGUCAGUCUUACAACAGGGCUCUCACCAGCUCAGUUGAUCAAAGUGGGGCCCUAUGUUAUCAUUUGGGCCCUACACUGUAUUUCAACUAGCAUAGGGGGCUUUUCUGUUUUGUGAUAAAGAUUUUAAUCUCCAAGCAGAUCCCAAGGUAGCAUAAGAUAGUAUCAAAAGCUGGCAGAGGAGUGAGACCGUCCUAG